CCGGCCUCGGCCGCCCCCGCGCCGCGCCCCGCCCCGCGCCGCCAGCCCGGAAGGAGCCGGCCGGCCUGAGCGCCCGCGGCGGCUGAGUCAGGCGGCGAGCGCGGCCCGUUACCGCCGGCGCCGGGGGCCGGGGUGGCGCUGUGGUUUCGGUGCGGGCCGCGGGCGGGAGGGCGGCAGCCUAACGAGCUCUCGGCACGCACCCUCCCCCGCCCCGCUCCUGUCCCGUCCCGCGGGGGCCCCGGCGCCCAGCUCCGGCGUCGGCCCCGAGAGCCCUAGUUUCACCGUGGGAGCCGGGCGCGGGUCCCGCCGGCAUCUGCGCGGCGGCCGGGGGUGACCGCAGCCCCUUGGGGUCGGCAGCGGGCCCCACGCUGCCGGUGGCUGCGGCCUGAGAGUCCCUCUCCCCUGCGCAGGGGCCCGCGCGCCUCACCAUGGGGCCCCUGAGCCGGGACGCCUGGGCCCAGCGCUUGGGGGCCUUCCGGGCCAGCCCGUCCGCCUUCAUGGCAGGUCCCGAGGGGGAGGAUUUGGGUCGCGACCUGCUGGGCGACCUGAGAAGUGAGAAGCUGAGCGAACAGACCAAGGUUUCCCUGGUGGCCCUGAGCUUGGAGUACCCUGCGCAGCUGUGGCCCGACGCCUCUGCGGCCGAGGUGGCCGCCACCUCCCUGUUGGACACCUUGGUCCUCCUACCCCCGCGUCCCUCAGCUCUUCGUCGGCCACUGCUGCUGGCGGCCACCACUGCCCUGGCGGCGGGCGGCGCGCUGGGCCCCACCUCGGGCGCCUCCUGCCGGCUCCUGCCCCUACUGCUCGGCCUGGCCGCGGGCAGCGAUCUGGGGCGAGGCUUUGUCCCUGCCUCGGAACAGCGCCCCUUGCGGGCCACCGCCUGCGAGUGCCUGCGAGAGCUAGAGAGCUGCAAACCUGGGCUGCUGGGGGGCUCCCUGGGGUUGCUGCGGGGCCUGCUGGGGCAGGAAGGCCCCGUCCAGCCACUCAGCCUGUUGCUGGCCCUUGCUUUGCGCAACACCUUGGUGCUCCAGUCCCGGGUUGGGGCUGGCCUGGGGGGACUGCUCACGGAUAAGGUCUCCCCAACUGGGGGUGGUCCCUGGGAUUGGACACUAGUGGAGGAGGGCGAUGGACGCCUUCAGCCCCAGGCACCCAGCUGGCCGGCAGCUGAGGAGGGAGAGGGGGAGCGUAGCCUUACAGCACAAGAGCAAAGCCCUGAGGAGGCGCGGGAGCUGCGAGCUGCGGUGAUCCAGCUUCUGGACACCUCCUAUCUGCUCACUCCUGUGGCCCAGGCCCAGCUCCUGUGGCUGCUGGGCUGGGCCCUGCGGGGUCUGCAGGGACAGCCACCGGCACUCUUCAAGCCGCAGCUGGUACGGCUGCUAGGCACAGCACAGCUGACACUGUUGCACGCCGUGCUUGCGCUCAAGGCGGCCUUUGGUGAGGCCCUGUUCACAGCCCAGGAUGAAGCGCUGCUGCUCCGCCGGCUCACCUUGGCUGCCCAGCACCCUGCUCUGCCUCCGCCCACCCAUCUCUUUUACCUGCACUGCCUCCUGAGCUUCCCUGAGAACUGGCCACUGGGCCCUGAAGGUGAGGAGGCUGCCCCACUGCUGCUAGGGCCCCAGCUAUGCCGUGGUCUCCUGCCCAGUCUCGUGCAUGACCCAAUGGCCCUCCUGGCCCGCCUGCAUUUACUGUGCCUGCUCUGUGCCGAGGACGAAGAAGAGGAGAAAGGCCAGCUUCCAAGCCCACGGCACUACCUGGAAGAGCUGCUGGCUGGCUUGCGGCAGCGGGCAGCCCUGGAUGGGGGCCCCCGGGCCUUGGCCACUCUCUGCUUCCAGGCCUCAUAUCUGGUGGCCCGCUGCCUGGCUGGGCAACCUACGGUGCUGACCCCCUUGAUCCACGGACUGGCCCAGCUGUACCAAGCCCAGCCCAUUCUGGCUCCCCACUUUGUGGACCUCUUGGAGCAGGUGGACUCUGAGCUGAGGGAGCCCCUGAAGGUGGUGUUGCGGCAGGUGGUGGUGUCCAGGCCAGGCAGGGAUGAAGCUCUUUGCUGGCACUUGCAAAUGCUGGCAAAGGUGGCAGAUGGAGAUGCCCAGAGUGCUACCCUCAACUUUCUACAGGCCGCAGCUGCCCACUGCACGAACUGGGACCUACAGCAGGGCCUGCUGCGGGUCUGCCGGGCGCUGCUGCGGGCAGGGGUGAGGGGUGGCCUGGUCGACUUGCUGCAGGUGCUGGCCAGGCAGCUGGAGGACCCUGAUGGGCGUGACCAUGCCCGCCUCUACUACAUCCUGCUGGCACACCUGGCAGCACCCAAGUUGGGGGUGGUCCUGGGCCCCUCACUUGCCGCACCUGCACUGGCGUCUUCACUGGUGGCCGAGAACCAGGGCUUUGUGGCAGCACUGAUGGUGCAGGAGGCCCCGGCCCUGGUACGGCUGAGCAUGGGGUCCCAUCGGGUCAAGGGCCCACUCCCAGUGCUGAAGCUCCAGCCGGAGGCGCUGGAGCCCAUCUACUCUGUGGAGCUGCGCUUCCGUGUGGAAGGACAGCUAUAUGCACCCCUGGAGGCUGUCCAUGUGCCCUGCCUGUGUCCUGGCCGCUCUGCCCGCCCUCUGCUCCUGCCGCUGCAGCCCCGAUGCCCGGCCCCCGCACGGCUGGAUGUCCACGCCCUUUACACCACAUCCACUGGUUUCACAUGCCAUGCCCACUUGCCACCCCUGUUCGUGAACUUUGCCGACCUCUUUCUGCCUUUCCCUCAGCCCCCAGCGGGGGCCGGGCUGGGCUUCUUUGAGGAGCUCUGGGAUUCCUGCCUGCCAGAGGGUGCUGAGAGUCGUGUGUGGUGUCCACUUGGGCCACAGGGCCUGGAGGGCUUGGUGUCCCGCCACCUGGAGCCUUUCGUCGUGGUGGCCCAGCCCCCUACCAGCUACUAUGUGGCGAUCCACUUGCCCCCGGACUCAAAGCUGCUGCUGCGGCUGGAGGCAGCCCUGGCAGAUGGAGUGCCUGUGGCCCUGCGGACCGAUGACUGGGCCGUGCUGCCCCUGGCAGGGGACUACCUCCGUGGGCUAGCGGCUGCUGUCUGAGCCGCGGGAGACCAGGUGGCAGGACUGUGGCCCUUGUGGGGCCCAAGUCACACUCCUGUAGCUCUUUCCCCAAAACCCUGCAUUCUGCAGCGCCCUCGCUGGCUUGUUUUCUUGUGGGCCCCAGUUGGGAACAGGCUCAUGGGGGUGAGGGUCUGUCUUAGUCUGUUUUUGCUGCUCUAGCAAGAUACCUGAGACUGGGUAAGUUCUAAUAAACAGAAAUGUAGGCCGGGCGCGGUGGCUCACGCUUGUAAUCCCAGCACUUUGGGAGGCCGAGGCGGGCGGAUCAUGAGGUCAGGAGAUCGAGACCACGAUGAAACCCCGUCUCUACUAAAAAUACAAAAAAUUAGCCGGGCGUGGUGGCGGGCGCCUGUAGUCCCAGCUACUCGGAGAGGCUGAGGCAGGAGAAUGGCGUGAAACCGGGAGGCGGAGCCUGCAGUGAGCCGAGAUUGCGCCACUGCACUCCAGCCUGGGCGACAGAGCGAGACUCCGUCUCAAAAAAAUAAAUAAAAAAUAAAUAAACGGAAAUGUAUUGGCUCAGAGCUCUGGAGGCUGAGAACUCCACAGUUCAGGGCCCAGAGCCCAGUGAGGACCCUUCUGCAUCAUCCCAUGACAGAGGACAGAAUGGCAGGAGUGAGGGGAGAGAGCGAACCCACUCCCAAGAUAACGGCCUGAGUCCACGCAGGAGGGCAGAGCCCUCGUGGCCUGACCACCUCUUAGGAUCUAAUCUUACACUGUUACAGUGGCAAUUACAUUUCAACAUGAAUGUGGGAGGGGACAAACAUUCAAACCAUUGCAGGGUCAUAGGCCCCAAGAAGGCUUCCAGACAGAACCCAGCACUGCAGAGCUACAGAGUUCCUUCUCACCCAGACACACUAGCGCUCUCCAGAAGCCCUGCCCAGGAGGCAGGGGAAAAACCUCCUUUCUGCUUCCCAGAGAGGGUCUGGCCUUGCCCAAGGCUGCUCAGUGAUUUAGGAAGGAGGCUGGAGCUAGAGUGUGGACCUGACCUGUCGGACAGUACUUUUCUUUCUUUUUUUCGGGGAGGGGUUCAAGACAGGAUCUCUGGCGCUCUGGAGUGCAGUGGUGUGAUUAGGGAUCGUUGCAGACGCUGCCUCCCAGGCUCAGGUGAUCCUCCCAUCUCAGCCUGCCUCCUGAGUAGCUGGGACUACAGGUGUGAGUCACCGCUAUCAUUUUUACAGACAGGAUCUCCCUGUUUCCUAGGCUGUUCUCGAACUCCUGGGCUUAAGCGACUCUUCUGCCUCAGCCUCACCAAAGUGUUGGGAUUACUGGAGUGAGCCACCACACCCGGCCAAGCCAGCGCUUCUCAACUCCCUAGGUUUGCAGGCUCCCUACCCCAGGGAGCUCACACCAGGCAGGCCAGUGGGCCUAAGCCAGAAACAGAAAGGCUGCAGUGGCCAGGUGGUUUCUUCUCCAGAGAGAGCUUCCCAAGCUGUGCCGAUUAGAGCCAGCUCUAGGAAGGUCGUGCUAAUAAGGUCUAGGGGCUGAGACUAAGCUUUUUCUAAUCUCAGCCCCUAAGAAACCUAAUUUGUGCUUAGGAAUCUUCCCAGGUAAGAAGAACUAGUUCCUCUAGUUGUUGUUUUUUUUCCAAACAUGCACACACUGAGGAUUGAGCUGUGUGGGGUCAGCUCUGCUGCCAGGCACAUGUACAUUGCCUCAUUUCAUCCUUGCAACAGCUCUGCAGGGCCCCGCAGAUGAGGAAAUCUGUAGGCAGAAGCGGUUGAGUGAUUUUCCUAAGGUCACCCAGCUGUUUGGUAAUAGUGUUUUGUCAUCUGGUAGCAGGUUUCCAUUACCAUGCCAUCAGAGCAGACCUCAGCCAGGGCCACAGAGGUCCCAACCCUCUCUGCCCUCUUCUGCUGCCCUGCCUCAUGGGGCUCCCAGCCACAGGUUCCCCAUGGGCCAGCUUUACCCCUCCUGAUCCUUCUGAUUGGGGCAGGCUAGGAGAGGAAAGACGAGCCGGGGCUGGGUGCGGUGGCUCAUGCCUGUAAUCCUAGCACUUUGAGAGGCUGAGGUGGGUGGAUCACCUGAGGCCAGGAGUUCGAGAUCAGCCUGGCCAACAUGGCGAAACCCUGUGUCUAAUAAAAAUACAAAAAUUAGCCGGGUGUGAUGGCAUGUGCCUGUAAUCCCAGCUACUUGGGAGGCUGAGGCAGGAGAAUUGCUUGAACCCGGGAGGCAGAAGUUGCAGCGAGCCGAGAUCACGCCACUGCAUUCCAGCCUGGGCGACAGAGCAAGGCUCUGAAUCAAAAAAAGAAAAAAAAAAAAAAAAGGCAUGGGACAGUGGGACUGUUAUAGGUGGAGUCAGGAGGCCUGUUUCAAACUUGAGAUGUGUCAGUAACUUGCUUUGUCACCUUGGCAAGUCAUUUCCAAAUCAGGAAGGGGUCAGUUUCAGGAAACAGAAACUUCUCCAGCUGUUUUUGGCAGAAGGGGAUUUAAGGGAAUCAGGGUACUUAACAAAGUACAUGGGAAGGCUAGAGAAGUCGCCUCCAGGAGGCUCCCACUGGAGCUGGGAUCAGAACAUACUGUCCUGCCUGCCAUCCACCCCCUCUAAGCACCCAGGAAGCUGGGCUUGGGCCCUGGGACAUGGGGUGGGACUGCCACUCCUGCCUCCUGACACCCACAAAGCCAGAAGCGUGAUGUUGCUGCAGAAGGACUGAACAUCUCCAAGGCUGGGCCCGCAAAGCAAACUUCCUUGGCCCUGUUUCCUCUGUCCAUAUCCUUCAAAGGACAUCUCAUUAGUGAACUCCAUUUCUCUCUUCCACAGAACUCCAGUGGCAAGGGAAUCCAGAAAUGUUUUCUUUUUGCCUGGAGAUGCUAAUCCUUAGCCUAAGAGAAAGGAAACUGGUCCAUGUGAGGACUGACCAUCCUUUCACCAUCUGUCUGCCCACUUGUGCAUCCAUCCCAUUUUAUCCAUCCAUUCCUCCAGUGGUGGACACCAGAUGAUCUUCAGCUCCCCCAACCCCAACCAGAACUGUGCUGCAAUGGCCAUUCUUAUAUGCCUCCAUGGACCCAUGGGACAAUUUCUCUGGGAUACAUGCUAGGAGCAGAAUUGCUGAAUCAUAGGGAAUGCAUGUGCUUAGCUUGGCUAAGCAAUGUUGGAGUAAAAGCUUUUGGUUUUGCAUCUUCUCAGCACUUCUAGGGAGGCACCAAGAGGGAGGAUGGCAGUGACUGAGCCCACCUGAGAUAGCUCCUAGACCCCAGCCCUCUGUGUCCUCAGAAUCACACACUGCUGCUCAUCACUUCAGCUUCCCGAAGAUCAUGGCAAUAGCAGCAUGCCUGUAACUGUCCCAAGUACAACCAAAAAUUCUUCCUAAAGAGAGGGAACCAAAGUCACAUGGGUCACCUUGUCCACCUGUGUGGACGUUGCUCAUGGUCACAUACCCUUCCUUACCUCCUUCAAGGCAGAUCUGGCCACAAGCCCAGCUCUGGCUAAUGAAAUGUGAAGGGAGUCAAGGGCCGGGCGCAGUGGCUCACGUGGUGAAACCCGUCUCUACUAAAAAUACAAAAAUUAGCCGGUGUGGUGGCGUGCCCAUAAUCUCAGCUACUCAGGAGGCUGAGGCAGGAGAAUCACUUGAACCCGGGAGGUGGAGGUUGCAGUGAACUGAGAUUGGGCCACUGCACUCCAGCCUGGACGACAGCAAGACUCCGUCUCAAAAUAGAAAAAAGAAAUGUGAAGGGGUCAGUUUUGGGGCGAAAUAUGUCAUUGCCGGUGCUCAAUUUUCCAGCCCUCCCUUCCUCUGCCAUGACCGUUGGAGAAGUACGUGUUGAGAUGGAGGUGCUAAAUAGUUGAGUCAUAAUCUCACCUUGGUACACUGUAACAAAUGCCCUGGAUUAUCAAAUUAGUUACGUAAACUAAAAAUCCUAAAACCCCACCGACUGAAUAGACGCCACCUCGUGGCCAAGGGGAUCUCAGAAGAAACUUAAAACAAUUCCUAGCCCUGAUGGGCUGGGAGGUCAGAUGCAACUUGUUAUACCCCGUCCCUUUAUGGUUUAGACACAACUGCCCAGCAUGAAUGAACAAAAUAGGGAUCAUGAGAUGGACAGAACAGACUGUGGCAAUACGAUACCAAAUUGUAAACAGGACCUAAGGCCAUGCCAAGUAAGGGUUAAGUCAUGUAGGGCCCCCCUUCAUGCCCAGCCUCCCCUGCCCCCACUUAUGAAUAAACUAUGUUCUAACUGCACAAGGUUUUUUUUUUUUUUCUGUAGUAGCUAAAAAGCUUAAAAACAAAACAAAACAAAAUCCACUUUUUUGUUGUUUUUUGUUUUUUUUGAGACGGAGUCUUACUCUGUCGCCCAGGCUGGAGUGCAGUGGCAUGAUCUUGGCUCACUGCAACCUAUGCCUCUUGGGUUCAAGUGAUUCUCCUGCCUCAGCCUCCUGAGUAACUGGAAUUACAGGUGUCCGCUACCACGCCUGGCUAAUUUUUGUAUUUUUAGUAGAGACGGGGUUUCACCAUAUUGGCCAGGCUGGUCUUGAACUCCUGACCUCAGGUGAUCUGCCCGCCUCAGCCUCCCAAAGUGUUGGGAUUACAGGCAUGAGCCACCGCACCUGGUCCAAGCACUGGCUUUGAGAUAAGCAAUAUUAAAAACAUUUUCAGCUCCACCAGAUGCUGAAUAACUGACCUCCAGCCACUGUUCCACCAGCCAUAACUACAGCUUUGGUUGGAUAAGAGACUGAUUUCGUAACUUUUUCCUGACAAGAUGACCACCCACCAUGGACUGGUUCUGGCUGGCUUACAGAGCUCCUGCACUUGCAUGUCUUUGUGUCCUGAAAAGACCUUUUGCCAUAUAGGGCCUAAUUGUAAUACAUUUAAAUGUUAAGUCUCCACCCCAAAGUGACCAUGGGUUGUAUGUUACAUGAGUGUUUGUUCAAUAUGCAUGUGUCAGAACCACCUUCAUGAAUAUUCAUAGCUCCUCAUGUAACCUAUUGAAUGUGUAUGUUUAGUCAAUCCAUUGAGCAUGAAGCUCCUAUCCUAACGCCUCCUCCUUUGAAGUGCCUGUCCCUGGUCUUGGCUGGAGACAUGCUUCCCAGCGGGUCUCACCCCCUUUCUGAGGCUGGAGUGCAGUGGUACGAUCGUAGCUCACUGCAACCUCAAACUCCUGGGCAAAAGUGAUCCUCCUGCCUCAGCCUCCAGGGUAGCUAAGACUACAGGUGCAUGCCACCACACCUGGCUAAUUUGUAAAAUUUUUUGCAGAGAUGGGGUCUCACUAUGUUGUCCAGGCUGGUUAAGGCCUCCUGGGUUCAAGUGAUCCUCCUGCCUUGGCCUCCCAAAGUGCUGGGAUUAUAGGUGUGAGCCACCAGGCUCAGCCUAACCCUUUAUAAGAAAUAAAGUCUCCUCCUUUCAAAAUUUAUAAA